CCCAGGAAGAGGAAGAGGGGGAGUCUUUCUUACUUUUGUAGUAAGAUCAAAAUAGGAUUUUCCGAAUCAACAAGGGAAAAAAUAAUUUAUCACCUGAUUGGCACGAUUUAGAAUGGGGCCAAAUCAUUAUUUACCUGCAAAGUUCCUUAAAAUCCGAACUAUAACUUCUUUCAAAAUCAACACACACACACACACAAAAAAAAAAAAAAAAAAAAAAAAACCUUCUUUAUACAUAAUUCCAAUUCCAAAUGCAGAGGUUAAUGAAAUAGCGAUUCUAUUCAGAAAAAAACAAGAAGAAAAAAGCAGCGAUUCUUUUCAAUCAUAAUUGCAAUAUGAGAUAUAUAUGUGGGUUAUCUGUAGAUCACGUGAAGUCUAAAGAGAGGAGUACUACUGAUUGUACUAAAUGCUGAAUUGUUUUGUGCUAUACAUGCAAGACUGCAAGAGGACGGGAUUAAAAAGGCUAAAAGUGCUGAAAUUUCACCGAUUUAGAACGCAUGAAAUUUCACAGAUUUAGAACGCCUCGGGUCAUCAUGAAUCAUGGUUUAGGGUUUGAAGACUGUACUCGGCUACACUUACCAAAAUCAAAAUCAGAUUUUCCAUACACCUCCAUACUCGGCUCAGACUCAAGUUUCUUAACUCCACCGGGUUGCUGGUUGCUGUUGCCACCGCCUAACACCCCACCUGACGCCGCCGCCUCACAUUGUUUCCACAUUGCACCAUGGGUCUUCUCUGCCUCUCAGACUCGGCUUCCUAGUCUCAGAUCAGGAGUUGAAAGUUAUUCAAGUUGGUUUUUUGCUUCCUUUUCAAGGUUGAAUCCUUGACAGCUAAGAGUUCUCUGAGGGUCGUUCUUUCAGGCUUUCAAUCAGCAGCUACACUUCAAUAACCGAGCUGACAGAUGCCUAGAGAGUCAAUCCAAACUGAACUAAAAAAAGUGGCUCUUGUCUUUGUUAAGGAAGACAACUUAGAGAUGGAACAAUCAGCUAGUAGGGAAAUUCAACUAGCAACUGCUUCAACAAAUAAUGAAGAUCAAAAUACUCAAAAGGAAGCAGACAUUUCAGGUGGAAAUGAAAAUAAAAAUGAUGACUUGGUAAUUGAAAUUAGCAAAAUAGUCAAAAGGACGGAAAUUCAAUUAUUAGAAGAGUGUCGUAGCUACAGACUUCCACGCUACCUUCGAAAAUGGAAUGAAGAAGCCUACACUCCUCAGGUUAUUUCAAUUGGCCCGUAUCACCACGAAAACCAAAGAUUGAAAGCCAUGGAAGAGCAUAAAGAGAGGUACUUCAGGAGUUUCAUGAAACGGAGUGAGAGAAGCUUGGAGUAUUUAGUAGGCACGGUAAGGGAACUGGAAGAACGCAUUCGCAGGUGUUAUGAAGAGACUAUUGAUCUUACCAGUGAUAGGUUUGUGAAAAUGAUAUUGCUGGAUGCGUGCUUCAUUCUUGAGCUUUUAUUCCGACGUAGUUCAUUAAGUUUGACAAGUCAUGACGAUUCCAUGGUUGUGGAACCAAGGGCUGCUGCUGUGAAGGUUGACUUGCUAUUAUUUGAAAAUCAGCUUCCAUUCUUUGUUAUUAAGGAACUACAGCACCUUGCAUUUCCGUCUCUCUCCGAUGCGUUCUUUUUUAAGAAUAUGUUUUCCUACUUUGACGUGUUCACCGACAUUCAAUAUAGGCAGCCCAAGCCCAAUGUGGAAAUUGCACACUUAACCGAUCUUCUUAGAACCUUCAUGUUACCCUCACCCGAGGAGUUACCCGAAAGAAUCACUGAACAUCCGAAGCUUUUGUACUCCGCAACACAACUCCACAAGGCAGGAGUAAAGUUCCGGCUUGGUAAAAGUGAACGCUCUUUUCAAAUAAAAUUUGAGGAUGGUGUGUUGGAAAUCCCAAAAUUAGAAAUAGAGGGUGUGACGGAAGUUGUUAUCCGAAACGUUAUGGCAUUAGAACAAACUUGCUAUAUAGGAAGUGCGUACUUUACUGAUUACUUCAUCUUCAUGGAUUUUCUUAUCAAUUCCAGAAAAGAUGUGGAUUUACUUACCAAAAAAAAAAUCUUGGUCAAUUACCUAGGCGACAACAAUGCAGUAAUGUCCAUGAUUAACAAUCUCAACAAAGGAAUCGUAUCCGAAACGGUGAGAGAUGAUUACCGUAAUCUCUAUGGAGAAUUGAAUAGGUUCUAUGAGAAAUCUUGGCACCGCUGGGAGGCGACAUUGAAAAGUGAAUAUUUUAGCACCCCUUGGAGGUUCGCUUCAACAGUGGCUGCUAUUGUUCUUCUGCUGCUCACUUUUAUGCAAACAGCAAGUUCUAUGAUUGAUCUCUUCACGAAGUAACAUGGAUUCAAAGACUUAAUAAUUAUGAUGGUUGUUUCCCUGUUCGUUGGAAUUGACGUCGCCUAUGUAAAAUACCCAAAUUAUAUAUCUUGUUCUAUGUUAUUAUUUCUAAUGUAAUUGAUCUUGCCGAUGUAAAAUACGCUAGUGUUGUGUUUCAAAAUCCUUGUCUAGUUGUAGUUUUGUAUUUCAAAAGCCUUUUUUUUGGUUGAAUAGUUCGUCGUUUGUUUCUCAAAAAGUGUCCGAAGCUUUAAGCUGGGCCCCUCGGGCU